AUGGUGCUGGCCAUCGUGUUGGUGCACGUCAGAGACAAGAAGAGACAGGUGGCAAUAAACAGUUUUCCGGUUGCAAAUGUACACGUGCCACACCCCAAACCCCAGUAUUGCUGCCCCUUCUUGUUUUGCCAUCCACCAUCCCUCCUGGCACGACUGCUUCAGUUCAUCACCACCCGUCUCCUUCCGCUGUUUUUCCUCCCCUGGACCAAACCCGUGCUGACCGGGUGUACUAAUCCCAAGACAUCUUCGACCGAUAUAAACAUCGCCCGCGUCAAUCUAGGCUAUAUCAGGUAUCAGGGCGUGCCAUUGGAGAAUGGAAUUAAUCAGUACUUGGGCAUGCGGUACGCUCAGCCGCCUAUCGGAGACCUGCGUUGGCGUGCUCCUGUCCAGCCUGAUCAGGUUUUGGAGGACCAGCCUGCCACUUCUUUCGGCAAGAUAUGCCUCGGCAUCUCGGCAAUGCUCCCUAACGACAUCCAGGAUGAAGACUGUCUGUUUGUAAAUGUUUGGGCGCCGCGAAACGCAACAGUUGAUUCAAAGUUGCCCGUUUGGUUGUUCAUUCAAGGCGGAGGUUAUACCGUCAAUAGUAAUGCUAAUUGGAACGGUUCUGAAGUGGUUGAGCGAUCGGGGCUCAACAUGAUUCUCGUCAACUUCAACUACCGCGUCGGGGCGUGGGGAUUUCUCGCCAGUGAGCGUCUGAGGGCAAACGGCAACUUGAACGUCGGUUUACUGGACCAACGCAUGAUGAUGAUGUGGGUACAGAAGUAUAUUGCACAGUUCGGAGGCGACCCGAACCAUGUCAUCAUUCACGGUGCCUCUGCGGGAGCAGGUUCUGUUGCUCUUCAUCUUGUGGCCAAUGGUGGGCAAAACCAGAACUUGUUUCAGGGCGCCAUAGCCGAAUCUGUCUUCUUCCCGCAACAGCCUCCCGUUGCCGAGCUAGAGUGGCAAUUCGACAGAUUCUUAAGUUCUACCGGCUGUAUAGAUUCGGGUGAUCCUAUGGACUGCCUACGAGGUCUGGAUGCCGCGAAACUGCAAGCGGCCAAUUUUCCAUCCCCCUUUCCGAGCCGGACGGAAAGCCCCUUACCCCUAUUCUACUGGACCCCAUGCGUCGACGGCGACUUUCUGCCAGAUUUGCCUUAUACUAUGUUCGACGAUGGGACUUUCAUCGACGUACCCGUCAUCUUAGGCAGUUCCAACGAUGAAGGCUCCUACUUCGCCAUCAAUGCUGCAACCCCCGAUGACGUCCGCAACUUCUUCGCCAACAACUACCCACGACUCACUGACAGCGACACCUCCAAUAUUAUACAACUAUAUCCCCAGCUACCCUCCCUCCCAUUUCACGAAGCCUGGUACCCCUCGGCCUCCAUGGCCUACGGCGAAGCCACCUUCAUAUGUCCCGGCCUCAACAUCCUCAACUCACAGCUCGCCACCAAGAAAACCCAGCCCGCCUGGGCCUACCGGUACAACGUCAUCGACGGCAACAACACGGCCAUCGGCCUGGGCGUGCCGCACCUCUGGGAGUCGUGGGCUAUCUUCGGCCCAGAUAGCAUCAGUGGGCCUGGUCUAGGGCCCGCUAGCUAUUAUACUUAUAAUGCGCCUAUUGUCCCUAUCGUCAUGGACUACUGGAUUUCUUUUGUCAAGACGCUCAACCCCAACUCGCUCAAGAACCCGGCUGCUCCUAUGUGGGAGCCCUGGACCGCAUCCACGACGAGGUUGCGCUUCGAGACAGAUAAUAGCGCCAUGGAGCUUGCGGGGCCGGAGUUGCUGCAGAGGUGUGCGUCUUGGAGGGGUCUAGCUCCGGUGACGGAACAGAGGAAGAGGGCGGAUCUGGGCGAGUUUUGA